AUGCCGCACCGUGUCGGCCCGAUGCGGGCCCCGGGCCUGGCUCAAAUCCGAGCCCAUGAGCGUAUCGCUCGCCUUCGCACCGACAAAUUCUCCCCGACAAUGAUGAAACUUGCCUGGACGACCUUCGUGCUGCUGCAUCUCGUGUGCUUCCUCUACUUCGCUAUGGCUGGUUGGUGCUACUGGAACCUGCCUACAACUCGCCUGGAUGUGUGGCUAUCCAUGCUGUACAUCGGAAUGGGUACGCAGUAUCAUCAGAUGAUCGGAAUACUCCAUGCUUCCGUAGCUGUGGUCCAUGCCGCCUACAUUGUUUGGAUGAUCGGGUGGUCGUGUCGGAAAAAAAGCUUGGUCUUCGCUAUCUACAACGUGCUCAAGUUGCCCUUUAACCUGGAAGGAGUCGGCGAGGGUUGGCCCCUAGUUUCCCCUCUGAAAAAUGGCGUCUACUGGGUUUAUAGGGCGGUGUUCACACGUGACGGUCUUCUAGGAGUCGACGGGCCCAAUUUUGACCUUGUACUGCUGUGUCGAGAGAUUCUGGAGACUGCGCUUCAGACGCAGCAGGCCUACCGUAUGAGCCUGCUUUUACCUCGCAGAGGGCUCAAUCGUGGGUAUGUAGCACUGCUUGUCCUGAAUUGUUGGAGCACGGCUCUCGUGUACUCGGUUUUCCACUAUCAUGCUACAAGGAGGCGCUUGCUAGCGCUCGUUUGUGACUGCGUACUGGAUCUUGUGUCCUCUGUGGGGAUUUCGACGGUUCUCGUGGCGAUUUACAUCCCCGACUUCGACUUCGACACCUACGGGUUCCCGUUCCUGAAAUGGUACGAGGACGUGUGGAGAGUUUACGCCAUGAGCGAGUUUCAAAUGAUAUUGGUCAGCUCUUGGGGAGACUUGGCUAUGCGGUUUGUCUUCGCCAUGAGCAUGCUGGGCAACCUGAACAAAAUGAAGAAGCUCAUGCGGGCAAGACCCACGAAGCCUGUACACGACGGAGUUAGCCCACGACAUGCAACAGUCGUGGCUCCAUUUCACGUAACUUUGGUAAAUCUGAGCAAGGCUAUGCCCCACUUAGAUGGAAUAGACCCGGAGACUAUGCACUACUGGGUUGGAAAAACUACACAAAUUGGGUUCUUCGUUUGGGGGCUCGUAGUGCUCAUUUUCCACCUGUACGCUGAGUCUGUCCCUGAGCUGACACAAUGUAAAAUGCAAGUGAAGCCGUGGUCUACAUCCCAACCAUCUUGCUCUUUACUCGAGCUUGAUUGCUACGAAUCUGGGAUUAUUGGGAAAGAAAUGGAAAUUACUCCACAAUGGGGUGCGUUUGACCCGAUGACUGUGGUUCGCGUUGCUGUCCGACACUGUUCUGCUCUGGAAGUACCUGCAACAUUAACCGAGUUCACGCAGCUGAAGGAGUUAAAGAUCUAUAACUCCACGAUUAAGAAAUGGGACGAAAGUGCAGCCAUCUCUCAGAUCGCCCACCCAGAGCUAACAACGCUAUUCCUUGUGCGCGUCAACUUGACCAACGGGGAGCUUCCACUCGGGCUUCAUGCGGAUGUGUUCCCGGAAGCACUGCAGGAUAUCGAAUUUUGUGUCACAAAUUUGCGUACUUUACCUGACGAUAUCGAUUCAAAAUGGCCUCAAUAUGCCAGCAUUUACCUCGAAGUCGGCGAAUUCGAUGGAAUUCCGCCAGCGUUGGUGCGUCUAGCGCCGUACGAUUUAUCGCUAUCGUUGAACCCCAUUUCAAUUAUUCCAAAAGAGCUUUUCGAGAGCGAAUCCGUCGCGUACCUAAGCUUCGGAGGGACUUUAAUCUCGGAGCUACCGGAGGAUGUCGCUGAGCUAGCUUCGACAGUGUACGAUGUGAACUUGAGUGACACCAACAUAUCCUUCUUCUGGCCUUGGAUCGACUCACUGGCCGUAGUCCCAGCGGACUCCCCUCCAAUAACCGCUGGCAACACGCCUUACUGCGAUGAAGUCCAGCGGAUUUUCGAUAAAGAGCAGUCGAGGUUCUCCAUUCCAUCCUCCAUUCUAGAUAACGCGACAGAUGUAUCGGUGCUGUUAGAUACUUCAGUCGAGAACUGGGCGACUAUACAAAACGCUGUCUCCUGCGACGUCGAGGAUAGUACGUAUUACCCGCUAGAGUUUGAGGAUGAAUACAGUAAAAUUAAAUGA